AUGUUCGCUCUUCUCUUUCUGAGCUUCUGCCUUCUGGCGUCCUGCGAGAAGCCUUUCAUCGCCACUAACUUCGGCCCCAUCGUUGGCUUCCAGCACAAGUCGCCGUCCUCUGACGACGUCUUCAACGUUUUUUUAGGGAUUCGCUAUGCACGACCGCCGGAUCACAUAUUCCGCUUUCAGGUUCUUUUUGCUGAUAUCCAGAAGGAAUCCUUUUGGUUCAGAAGCCUGAUCCGGUAGAGAAGUGGGGACCUGUUCAACACGAUGCGACGCAUUUCCGAGCUUCUUGCAUUCCGUCGCUUCGGAGCGAGCUCGAAGACGACGUUAACUACAGCGAAGACUGUCUAUUCCUCAACAUCGUCACGCCGAACAACUACGUUCGUUUGGAACUCUUUUUCGUUUCUUUAUUAAUCUGUUUUAUUUUUUGGGAUUGACUUGACAAGUAAAAACCUAUUAAACCGCUAUUGGACAUAUUUUAGAAUUUGGCUUACCGAAAUGAAAAAAAGGCUGAAAAGAUGGUGAAAUUAUUCAAAGUUCAAAAGAAAAAAUGAUAAUUGAGAACGCAUCAGAUAUAAUGGCUGAAAGAGCUACCGAAGAAAGCCGGAGAAAGCUCAAAGAAAAAAAAAAGAUUUUCAGAAAGGAAGGAAGUUGCCAGUGCUGAUGUUCGUGCAUGGAGGCGGCUUCCAGUAUGGAAACGCGAUGGAAUUUGGAUACGAAAAGGCGGCUGAACACUUCGUUUCGCAGGACAUAAUCUUCGUCUCUGUGCAGUAUAGACUGGGUCCACUUGGUGAGGACGAAGCGAGUCUCAAGAAAAGUCUGGCGAUUUGAGGUUUCUUCACUACCGGCGACGGCGAGAUACCGGGCAAUAUGGGACUGUGGGACCUGACGACGGCUCUUUAUUUCCUUCACGAGGUCCUUCCAGACUUUGGAGGCGAUCCGGAGAAAAUCACGGUCGCCGGCCAAUCAGCCGGAUCGGCCGCUGUUUCCGCUUUGCUUUAUUCUCCUCAUUCCGAUCGUGAGAUUUGAUUUUCCAGCUUAAUUUCUCUCCGUGAGAUUUUUAGACUUGUUUUUGCAAGCAAUUCAAAUGUCGGGCUCGAUAUUUGCUGAGAACAGCAUUAGCGAAAAUGUUGUGGAAGGUUCAGAUUUGCGAAUAUUCGUGUUGAAACUGAAUUUCAAGACAGCAAAGCUUUGGCCAAGGCCGCCGGCUGCUCAGAAACCGAGUCAAAGGCCUUGAGAGCUUGUAUGGAGGAGCGGACGAUUGAUGAGAUCCUCGACGCCAUGGAACAAAUCGUUUGGAUUUCCAACUAUCAAUGACUAAUCGCCUCGAACUUAAGGGAGAACUUCUUCCUGGACCACGGAACAAGAAGUUCCAUCCUCGAAUGGACAACGACUACUUCCCUUACGACGUGAGUUUCAGAGGAACAUCUUGUUAUCGUUUGGAGAGCUUGUAGUUGGAGAAAAUGUCGCGGAAAGCUCCAAAGAAACGGACGAUGCAGGGUCUGCUCAGUUUGGAGAGUGGGAAUGCUGGUUUUCUAGUUUUAGGAACAAAAAUAUAUUCCUAAUCUCAGUUUGCUAUCCGACGAAACUUUGGAAGCUUCUCGGAGUUCCAAAGGAGAGCUGGGGAAGCUACGGCCGUGAAAACUUUGAAGAUUUCAUUCGCGACCAAGGUGCAAGAUCACUAUUUUGUACAUAAAACACUCCUUUUCUUUCAGUUGCUGUGGAGAAAGACUUCGGACGUAAAACGUCCGCAUUUUACCAACUUGUCAGAGACUUUUAUCUGCGCGGAGUGUCGACAAAUGCCAAUUCCAGUGCCUAUCUUCGGGCCUACGCAGAAGUGAGGAGGAAAUAAUUGAAUUGUUUUGCUUUUGUAAUUCUUUUUGCUUAGAGAACUUCUAGAAGUCUCAAAGAUUCCAAACUGAAGUCAAAAGUGUUCUAUACACAAAUUGAAUGAAACCAGAAGACAAGAAUAUCAGAUUUUGGUAAAACUAUUUUUGCUUUUUUUCACAAUGCGCGCAGGAACGCAUCAAAAAUAUUCAUUUAUAAUCAUAAAAAGGGUUUUUUUUGAUUCCAAGUGUUGGCGAGUGAACUUGACAAUUUGCUUCUUUUUUGCUUCUCUAAUAAGUAUUUUUUUUUUCAUUUUUGUUGUGAGGGAGAACAGUGUGAUCUCAUGAGAAGGUCCUAAUCGGGCUCUCCUUUUGUGGAUGUAGUUGAUCAGAUGAUGCGUUCCAGCUCCUGGGCGACCUACAGUACGGGAUCCCUUCUCUGCACGAGAUCGAUCUGAAAAGACAGCACGACUGGCCAACUUUCUUCUACGUCAUCGACUACGAGAGCGAGACGACUCGCGAUCCAGCGCACCCCAUCAGAGGUUCGGUCCAUUCUUUUCUUUCAUUUCUCAAUAUUUCAAGGGGCUUUCCAUGCAUCUGAACUGCGAUUUCUCUUCAAUUUCCGUGGAUUAGAAAGGAUUCCUUUCGAUGAAAACGACAAAUUGUUUGAACGUCAUUUGGUCAACGCCUUCGCCAACUUCGUCAAAACUGGGUUAGAGAAGUUUUUCUCAAAAAAAAAUCCACAUUUCCAUGCUAGGCUUCACAUUAUUUCUUUCCACAGAACAUGUUCUUUCUUUAAUUUGGGAGUUUCGAUAGUUUGGUCAACCUUUUAGUGGUGAACUCCGAAAAAAAAAUCUUGUUUCAAAUUCAGACACUAAACUGAUAUUAUAGUAUAGUCUAUUCAGAUUUUGAAUGUCAAGUCAUCGCUCAAACUCCGCCCCUUAUGCGUAGAUCAAACCAAUCAGGGAGCGAGAAGUACACAGAGUGUUGUUGGGGGCGGAGUUUGCUGCUUGACAUCCAAAAUCUGAACAGACUAUAUGUACAAUAGCUUAUAGGGACCCGAGUACCACCGAAUUCGUCUGGACUCCGAUUUCGAACGAACAGCCGUUUUUGAAUGCUUUGCUGAACCCCCAUCCUAAGGUAAUCCAACACUAUAAUAUAGGUGUGCUCAGACUCGACCCUUGGUAAUGACAAGCGGGUCUAUCGGGGUUUUUCUAGUGACCCUUUGAGAGUGCGGACGCUUCUAAAGUGGUCACUAGAAAUGCUUAAACGCGUUCGUCUUCGGUUUUCGUUACCAUGGUCUGAGGAGAAAAACCAUUCAGAGAGAUUUUGUUAGAGCGCACUUUCAAGAUUUGAGAGUUAAAGUAAAAAUAUUAAUUACGGGACAGAAAAUUGUUUAGCUGGAAGAUUCGUUCCGACGCGACGCCUACGACCUCUGGCAGACGGAAAUUCCUCGAGUGACAGGAGCCGAACUCCUGAAGAAGCGUCUGCCAGCGGCGAGAGCCACCUUUCAGCACACAGAACUUUGA